AUGCUUCAAAUGAUUAAAUGCAUUUUAAUAACUUCAACAAUGUACAUCACAUAUGCAGAAAUGAUUUACCCCAUAUUAAAUAAAGCUUAUAAAACAUAAUGGGAAGAUAAUGUGUGGAUAAAUUGUGAGACCAAAUCUGAUAUUUAACCUAAAAAAUGUUAUGAAGGAGAAUUAGAUUGGUAAGAAUGCUAUGAAGUUCCAAAAGAGGGUAUUUGUUUAGCUAACUAUAUCACAACAACAUAAUAAGAUUUAUUGUAAUUUAAUAUCACUUUCAACACUUCAGCUAAUAAUAAUACUAAUCAAGGACAAAUAGUAGAAAUUGAAAUAAAUAAGAAUAGUUUAUAAUUGUAAUUACUAAAUUAUUCAAUAUUGGAAAAAGUAAAGAUUGAUUCAAAUAUUAUAAGCUUAAAGAUUUUAACCUCAAGUUUAGUAUUAUCUGAUUUAUCCAUAUAUACUCCUAAUCAUAUCACUCACUCUUAAAAUGAAUUAUCUGUUUGUUUAAAUGAAUAUUCUCUAUUCAAUUACAAAUGUAUACCUCAAAGUUGUUUUGAUUAAAUCUCAAAUAUAAACUCUGAUACUCACAUUAGUUCAAUAAGUUAAAUUGAAUAAAACACUACUAAUUUAUUAAUAAAAUCCACUUUUAAGAUUCCUUUAAUAGAAUGUUUGAUUCCAAAAAUUUAUUUAACUAAAUCUAUAGAAGAUAAUACAAUAACAACUAUUUUAUCAGAUGAAUAAGUUAAAUUAAAUGAGAAUGAUAACUCAAUUUUGGAAUAUUAUUUGACUCCAGAAUAAUUUUAGAAAUGCUAUCAUUUUGAAACUUAAUAAGCAAUAGUGUAUUAAUGUUUUAUUGGAGUUGCUAUUACAAUAAAUAAAAAACCUUAAUACUUAUUGAUGUUGAUUUCUCAAAUAGAAGUCUAAAAAUCAACAUAAACAUAUACAAAUUCUAUUUAGAUUUUUGAGAUGCCAACAUCAGAUACUGAAUCUACUAUAGUUGGACCCAUUAUUAUUUUUAGUAAUGCUUCAAAUUCCAUCAUUGAUACAAAGAAUAAUCUCAUCGAAACUACUUAAAAUAUUUUAGAUCCAAAUUAUCAAGAUUAUUAAAUAACUUUCUUAAAUGGAACAAUCACUUAAAAUUUAACAAUUAUACCUUUAAAAUUAGAAGAUGAAAGAUAAAAUGGAUCAAUAAAAGAACUAAUUCUAUCCUAUGAUAACAAUAAUUUUAACGAAAAUUAAAAUUAUAAUAUAUCUAUUAGUUCAUCUUUGACAUUAAAUUAAACAAGAAGAUUAUUAGGACAAAGAAAUAUUAUUCCACAAAUGUAAAUACAAAAUUCUUUUGAUGGAACUAAAGUAUCAUAAUCAACUGUGACUUUUAAUGUAAAUCAACAAUCAUCUCUUUAAGGAGGUUAUUUGGCUUUAAUUUUUAUUGCUGUUAUUCUAUGUUCAUUAUUUUUCAUAAUUGCAACAAUUGUACUAAUAGAAAAAGUAGAAAAUAAAUACUUCAAAAUAAAGUAAAAAGAAGAUAAAUAAAUUCCAACAGAACUAUAAUAAAAUUGA